AUGGAUAUAAAAGCAUUGAUAAGAAUUUACCCAUUUUAUCUAAGAAUGAAUCUAUCAAGCCUCGAGCACGUCGAUUCGCAACCAGAAAACAGAUUCUCUUCUUUAGUAAAUGGACAGCGUAUUGCAAUUGUGCCAGAAUUCACACUAGAAUCCGGAUAUACUCUGCGCAGAGUUCCAGUGGCUUAUAAGACAUGGGGAAGUCUUAACGAAAGCAGAGAUAAUGUAAUGGUGAUAUGUCAUGCUCUCAGUGGUAGUGCGGAUGUUGCAGAUUGGUGGGGACCAUUGAUCGGGAAGGGAAAGGCAUUUGAUCCAACAAAAUUUUUUAUCUUCUGUGCAAAUACACUUGGUUCACCAUAUGGAACCGCUUCUCCGGUAACCCUUAAUCCUGAAACAGGGUCGAUAUACGGUCCCGAAUUCCCCUUAACUACACCUCGAGAUGACGUAAGGCUUCACAGGAUUGUUCUCGAUAGUAUGAACGUAAAAAAAGUAGCAAUAUGCAUUGGUGGAUCCAUGGGCGGUAUGCAAGCAUUGGAGUGGUCAUUCUUUGGGCUCGAUUAUGUUAAAACUAUUGCACCAAUUGCUACCUCGGCGAGGUUGUCAGCUUGGUGUAUAAGCUGGAAUGAAGCUCAAAGACAAUCUAUUUACAGCGAUCAUCAAUAUUGUGAUGGGUAUUACAAAGCAGACGAGACUCCCGACACAGGCCUUGCGGCGGCUCGCAUGUCGGCACUUUUAACGUAUCGCUCUCGAGAUUCCUUUGAAUCACGAUUUAGUCGUAAGCUUCAGGAGCCAAAAAAAUUGCAGGGCGUUAAUGGCUAUAAAUCAACACCGGCUGAGAAGGCCUUGCUUAUUCAUAAUGAAGGUCAUAAAAGUAAAAAUAAUGAGCAUCUACGUUCAAAAAGGCAAGGAAAUCAUAUUGACAAUAACGAGUCACGUGAAGAAAAUCACUUGACAUCAGCUAUACCGCAUACAUUUUCUGCACAGUCAUACCUCCGAUAUCAAGGUGACAAAUUUGUGAAAAGAUUUGAUGCUAAUUGUUACAUUAGUCUCACUCGUAAGAUGGAUAGUCAUGAUAUAUCGAAGGGUAGAGGAAGUGUAGAGGAUGUAUUGAGGAGUAUUAAGCAACCCACAUGUGUGUUUGGGAUUGAAUCAGAUGGUCUCUUCACGAUUUCGGAACAAUAUGAAUUAGCGGAACACAUUCCGAUUUCUAAGAUGAUCACCAUUGCUUCGCCGGACGGUCAUGACGGUUUUCUUCUUGAAUUCGAUCAGAUGAAUCAACACAUCCUUCAAUUCAUUCAGGAGUGUCUGCCUGAAAUCAGCGAAAAAGAACAUUAUGGUUUAGACGCGGUAUCAAUAGAGGUGGUUAAAGAUAGUGUUUUUGGAGAAUUAGAAGACAAGGAUAUGAUAAAGUGGUAG